AUGUCUACCACCGAGCUUGCAGUCUCCUACGCCGCCUUGAUCCUCGCGGACGACGGUGUUGAUAUCACGGCCGAAAAGCUUCAGACGCUCCUGAAGGCCGCCAACGUGCAAGAUGUCGAGCCAAUCUGGACUUCUCUCUUCUCCAAGGCUCUUGAAGGCAAGGACGUUAAGGACAUCUUAACGAACGUCGGCUCGGCGGGCGCUGCCGCCCCUGCUGCUGGUGGUGCCGCUGCUGCUGGCGGUGCUACUGCCGCCGAAGCUGCCCCCGCUGCCGAAGAAAAGAAGGAAGAAGAGGAAGAAUCGGACGAGGACAUGGGUUUCGGCCUUUUCGACUAA